CAUAAAAUUAUAAUGAACAACUUUGAGUUAUGAUCUAAAUGCUGAGUCUGACAGUUUCAUUUAUAUUUGAUGAUGAUCAAUGAUCGAGUCAUCCUACAGAAACGCUGGUCAACUCUUACAAUGUUCACCAUCUAGGCCCGCUCUACAAAUGGAUAUCCAGGUAUUGUAAAUUUUUCUGUUCUAUGUUCUAUUUGAUAUCAUUGUUUAUCACUUUUCACACAUGUACACAUACGAUUUGUUUAAUUUUUUUUGGUGUGAAGAUUUUAAGUCAGUCACUUGAAAAAUAUUUGAAAGUAAGUAAAGCAUUACUUUAAAUAUAAAAUAACAUAAAAAUUGUACAUAUUUAAAGUAACAUUUUAGUUGUACAUAGUUGAAGUUACAUUUUAGUUGUACAUAGUUGAAGUUACAUUUUAGUUGUACAUAGUUUAAGUUACAUUUGAGUUGUACAUAUUUGAAGUUACAUUUUAGUUGUAUAUAGUUGAAGUUACAUUUUAGUUGUGUACAGUUGAAGUUAAAUUUUAGUUGUACAUAGUUUAAGUUUCAUUUUAGUUGUAUAUAGAUGAAGUUAUAUUUUAGUUGUACAGAAUUGAAGUUAAAAACUGAUAGUUUAACUGUGCGGUUAAAAUUUUUAUGCCAGAUUUAUGCCAUAUGGAGGGUGGUGAAUUCGUAAAGCACAAACCGAAUCAGGUUUCUAAUCUAGAAGUAACUCAAUUCAAACAAAACCAUUUACUCACCUAGCAUAUAACAAUAUGUAACAGAAAAGUCAAAUGCUACGUUAGGACGAAUAUCUGCUUAUUAAUUAUUAAAAGUACAAACAUUUUAUCACUUUGUAAAACUUGCGAAGAAUUCAACCUACGACAUUCAUUUCUGCCUAUAUUAAACAUCAGUUUGAUCAGGUGCACGAUAAUAAUCUCUAUCUAUACAUUGGAAGUGAAGUCGCAACUAAAUUGGUUGGGAUGUCGUGUGAUUGAGUGUUUUUUCCUUUAAUUUUUCCCUUUUAAUCCCACAAUUUGUCUCAGCCACACAAGACCGUGGCCUUGUCUCAGCCACACAAGACCGCGACCUUGUCUCAGCCACACAUUACCGUGACCCUGUCUCAGCCACACGUGACAGUAAACGUGCCUCAGCCACACAUGACCAUGACCUUGUCUCAGCCACACAGGCACGUGGCUUUGUCUCAGCCACACAAGACUGUGAUCUUUUCUCAGCCACACAAGACCAUGACCUUGUCACAUCCACACAUGACCGUGACCUUGUCUCAGGCACACAAGGCUCAGCAACACAUGAGAGUAGCCUUGUCUCAGCCACACAAGAUAGUGGCCUUGUCUCAGCAACACAAGGCUUUGCCUUGUCUAAGCCACACAAGGCUUUGCCUUGUCUAAGCCACACAAGGCUUUGCCUUGUCUAAGCCACACAUGACCGUGGCCUUGUCUCAGCAACACAUGACCGUGGCCUUGUCUCAGCCACACAUGACCAUGGCCUUGUCUUAGCCACACAAGACCGUGGCCUUGUCUCAGCCACACAUGACCGUCUCCUUGUCUCAGCCACACAUGUCCGUGGCCUUGUCUCAGCCCCACAAGACCGUGGCCUUGUCUUAGAAAAAAACAUGACGGUGGCUUUUUGUCAGCCACACAUGACCACGGUCUUGUCUCAGCCACACAUGACUAUUGCCUUGUCUCAGCCAAAAAUGACCGUGGCCUGGUCUCAGCCACACAAGACCGUGUCCUUGUCUCAGCCACACAAGACCGUAGCCUUUCUCAGCCACACUUGACCGUGGUCUUGUCUCAGCCACACAUGACAGUGGGCUUGUCUCAGCCACACAAGACCAUAAUCUUGUCUCAGCCACACAAGACCAUGACCUUGUCUCAGCCACACAUGAACGUGACCUUGUCUCAUCCACAGAAGGCCUUUGCCUUGUCUCAGCCACACAAGAUCGUGGCCUUGUCUUAGCCACACAAGAUCGUUGCCUUGUCUCAGCCACACAAGAUCGUGACCUUAUCUCAGCCACACAUGACCGUGGCCUUGUCUCAGGCACACAAAACCGUGGCUGCGUCUCAGCCACAUAAGACUGAUCUUGUCUCAGCCACACAAGACCGUGACCUUGUCUCAGCCACACAAGAUCUUUGCCUUGUCUCAGCCACACAUGGCCGUGGCGGUGUUUUAAGUACAAAACAGGUUAGUAAAAAUAGUGUAUGUUGUUAUUGAUGUGGGCAACUAGUGUUGUGUGAGACAGUGACCCUAGCAGUGGAUUUAAGAGGGAAUGAGUACAUUUUCGCUAGGAUUUGUGUAGCUAUUUUUAUUGUUUUAUUAACCUUUUCUUGUAAUUAACCAUCCAUUAUUUGUGAAGUAUCCUUAAAUUAGAAAUAUACAUUACCCACUGAAUACCCAUUUGUAUUUCAGCUGUCUUCCAUUUUUUAUGUGUAAUUUAAAAACAAACAAACAUAUUAAUUGACGUAAUACUUACAAACGAAAUGUAUUUUCCAAUUAUUGCCCACAUUAAACAAAUGGCGAUAGAUUAUGGAUUGGAAGGGGGAAGCAAAAACAUUGAUAAUAAAUAGGUAAAAGUCCAUGGAGUGGAGGUCAUUCUAAAAAAAUACCAAUGUUCGACGGGUGGGCUGACCUUGUGGACUUCUUCCUCAUACGGCUCAAGGAUGAAGCGAAACUGAACAAAUGGCCAAUCGCAAGUUGGAAUAAUGAAUUGGGAAAAUGAAUGCCACCCGAACUACUCCCAGCCUGUUUCGCAGGGCGCGUGACAGGAGUGGAGGCCACGUAUGAUGAGGUAAAAAUUGCACUGUCUAAACAGCUCAGGCUUACAGCUCAGGGCUAUUAGAGAUAAACUGGCAAGGAUGACACCGGCAAAGACAAGGGCAUGAUGACAUAAUAUGUGAAUAAGAUCAGCCAUUACCUGGCCAGAUUGAUUUAGUUGUCAAAGUUGGAGAAGACUUAUGCAAAUUUGUUCUCACUAACGGUAUUGGGAUGAAUACUACAAAGAGUAAAUCAAGACAAUCAAAAAUAUAUGAGAAACAAACAACAUGACUAUUUAUGCAGUCAUUGCGACCGCGGAAAAAAAAAGGGGGGGGGGGCAAUUGCAUGGCAGCACAUUCAAUUAAAGUUCUGAAACGCACGGAACAACACGUGUCUGAAACGCACGGAACAACACGUGUCUGACACGCAUGGAACAACACGUGUCUGACACGCAUGGAACAACACGUGUCUGACACGCACGGAAAAACACGUGUCUGAAACGCACGGAACAACACGUGUCUGACACGCAUGGAACAACACGUGUCUGAAACGCAUGGACCAUCAGGUGUCAUGUUUAGCUCGCAACGCUGAAGAACAGACACAAAAUCUAAAUCAACAUGUUUACGUUAACAAUGAGUGGGAAAAACGUUACUGAUAUGUCUGCCACUUAGCGGGACACAACACCGAGGAUUGCUGGAGUUAACAGCAAUGCCAGCGGGACAUAAACUUUAGAGAAGGGCCCCACUUAUGCGAACACGGGGGAUAAAAGGUGACUAGGGAAUAGACGGAAUAGUAUGGGGAUAGGGUAGGAAAGGGAAGGCUACUUUUUGUUGUUUUCAGAGCAAGAAAUCAGGAGUAGUUAUUUCAUGGGAAUGACGUCAAUGGUAUAAAGAUAAACGCCAUACGCAACACAGAAUAUGAAAUUGUUCGAGUAUAGGAAUCGUAUCUAAGUGAAUGUAAGGGACGCAGACUUAACGAGACAGUGACGUGUAUUUUGUUUGAUGGGUAAAAAAUGGUUUACAGACGAGGAAACAUACAUGAAGUCACCAUACUUUACAGGAGGGACAAAGGCGGCCCAACUAAAGGACCCACCAGUUGAUUUAAUUAUCGGAAGAAUAAAAGGGGCGACCAUGGGAGGUGAUACCGUAGUAACAGCGACAAUCGUUACCAGGGCAAAGGGUAAAAGUUCAGAGAAGAUUGACCCGGUAAAACAAAACCUAACAGAACUAGAGGUAACUGAGGAUACGUUUAGAACACUCGAACUCAAAUUCAAAUCAUUUGGCGGCCGCAGGAGGUAGAGUCUUGUUGCGACCUGGCUGCAUCAAGUAUUUUUAUCACUUAAUUCCUCCUACUCUUUGCUGCAAGAGACCUGGCAGCGCUUCUUCUUACACAGCUAAGCAACAUUUGGCUUGAGUGAGGAGGAAACUGAGACCGUCAGUGUAAUUUGAAGAUGCUGAUCAGUAAAUUUGGCCGUGAAGUUUGACGCGUAAAAGUUCAUGUGACAGUAUGACUGACGAUUAUUAUUGUGAGUAGUAAGUGAAGUUGGUGACCUGAUUGGCCUGUGUUGUUGUUAUGUGGUAUGACUGGAAGUCCUGAGUUGUUUUUAUUCAUGAAUGUUUUAAACUUAAAUGCGUGGAAAAGUGGAAUGAGUGAUCAUGAAUGUAGAGGAAUUAAAAGGGUGUAGAAUGUAGAAUAAAGGUAGUUGUUACACCGAACACAAAAUAGUGUGCGUCGUUCAUUUCUAUUACAGUUCAUAGUGUUAGGUGUCUGGCCGCAGAAAAGAACUCCCAAAAUGGCACAUGAUCCGCUUGACAACCUGGAAAUCUCAGGGUAGUUGGAGGGCGAUUCUCUCAUAAAUCGUCAAAGCUUGUCUGUUUUUCCAUAUUUUUCCAGAAAUUAGCCUUGAGCUCAGAAUUGCUCUGAUGAUCAAUCCGCUCCAUUUGAAGCGCAAAAAAGAUGUUUGGUGGAGGGGCAUCUUCCACAUUGAAGGAGAAAGGGUGAGCGAAAAAUUGAAAAGUGGCUCUGUGCGUUCUGAAAUCUGCAAAAAUAUGAUCAAAUUCGUACUGUAGCUUUGCAAUGGUAUCAAUAUAUUGACUACUGAAUGGUGUGCCCGAGUUUAUAAGUACUUUGCAUGUAGAAAAAUGUCAGAGUGUCUCUGAGAAAGCUGGGCUUUCCAUAACACAGCUCUUGUGCAGAGUUCUCUGAAACUGUCAUAGGCAACAAUGACGAGCUGCCCCUGGUCUUGUAACUUCUUGUUGAAAACAUUCAGCACUUAUGUAAUGUCAACAACAAAAGCCAAGUCCAUGUGCCAUUUGGGAUCACUUAGUGCAGAAACAAACAACCCAUGCUUCUCCAUGAAGGCUUCGAUUUCUACUCUCAAAUAACAAAAAUAAAAUACAAUUCAAGACUUUUCCCCUACUAAGCCAACGUACCUCAUUGAAAUAGUUGCAUCCUCAUUUGAUUGAAAUAGUUACAUCCUCAUUUGAUGCUGGCUCUAUUUUUUUAUCAAAAGGCGUGGAACUGCCAGUGCCUCAAGCCCAUGGAGCCUGGGUCAGAUUGCUACGACAUAUCCAAUUGUGGUUGUGCAUAACCCACUGAAUUUUUAACUUUUGAUAUAUGUAUAUACAAUAUUCGAAGCAUGUUUUCUCAAAACAGCACUUUGGCCGCCAUGUUUUUCUAAAAAAAUGCUUUAAAAUAAAAGUGUUAGUCCGAUUUUUAAAAAAAGGUUUUUUUUUCUAUUGUAAUCAAGUUCCAAACCUAUACGAAUUUAAUAAAAAUCAGAAUUAGACCAGUCGGCGAGAUUCAAUUGAAAUCGUCACGGAGAUUCUCUUUAUAGAUUUGAGAAUGGGGAAAACUUGCGGGCCGCACUAAUACUAAACUUGGCUGUCAGGUACCUGACCACAAAAUAUCCUCUUGUGAGCUUCCCAUGGCCUGCGGGCCGCGAGUUUAUGACCCCUUGUUUAGAACUUUACAGUAAAACGAUUUCACAGUGAGACGUAACUACGAGCACGUUAGAAGACAAAUUAGGGCAGGUAGACUAACACAAUUUAGGACUUUUUGUUGGAGUUUUGUGACAGUAGCAACGGACAGAACAAUGUUUGGGAACAAUUAGCUGUUUCCUAAUUUUUAAGAAAAAAUGGGGAUAGAAAAGGCCAAUUAUAAAAGCUUUUCAUCGCACAUGUGGAUAGUUCGUACAAAAGGAGGAGCUUUGGAAGAAUUCUGUUGGCCUGGCAUAGUGAAGGAUGUCAGAUAAUAUUGUAAGACCAGCGAUGUGUGUCAAAAUAUGAAAAACCUUCAAAGGCCAAGUGGAGUUAAUCAAAAAGCCAUGGGGGGGGGGGGGGGAAUAGCUAUUGACCUAGUUGGCACCAUAAUACCAAUAACCACAAGGGGAUACAGAUUUAUCCUUCUCUUGUGGACACCUCAGCUAGGUGGCCAGAGGCCACACCUCUUAAAACAAUAACUGCCGAAGACAUACAAGAGGCAAUAUUCAUAAUAUUUCGUGAUCCGAACGGACGCGAACGAUACCGCUCUAAGGGAUUGCUUUAUGCAGGUCUGCUUCACCCUAUACAGGAUGCGAGUAGAAAAAUGCUCUCUCACGAGACCCUCUAUUCAGAAAUCGAAAAGGAAUGUUUGCGUGUCGUCUGGAGAAUCAAAAAGUUUUCGAGAUACAUUUAUGGUUGUACUUUAAAAUCGAGACAUACCACAAACCUUUGGCAUUUCUAGAAGCAUCAAAGUCCACCAAUAGUCGUGAGGCGAGAUGGGCUUUAACGUCGAAGGAAUACAAUGUCACAACAACACCGAUCCCAGGUGCUCAAAACGUUUUGGCUCACUUUUGUGAGCCAAGCAGUUGAACCUUGCUGGCGUGUAUGGUGUACCGGGGACUUUUGAUAGCACUUCCUCAGAAGGUGGAUGUAUAAAUCAUUUUUCCGCGUCCACUCAAGCGAGGUGUCAUUAUUAAAACUGGGUUAAGCUUCGUUCACAGCGAAGUGGAGACCAAAACCUUGACCAAGGCAUGGACCACUAGAAGAUGUAAGGGGGAGACCGUAACCUUGACCAAGGCAUGGAACACUAGAAGAUGUAAGGGGGUGACCAUAUCCUUGACUAAGGCAUGGACCACUAGAAGAUGUAAGGGGGAGACCAUAACCUUGACUAAGGGAUGGACCACUAGAAGAUGUAAGGGGGAGACCGUAACCUUGACCAAGGCAUGGAACACUAGAAGAUGUAAGGGGGUGACCAUAUCCUUGACUAAGGCAUGGAACACUAGAAGAUGUAAGGGGGUGACGAUAUCCUUGACUAAGGCAUGGACCACUAGAAGAUGUAAGGGGGAGACCCUAACCUUGACUAAGGGAUGGACCACUAGAAGAUGUAAGGGGGAGACCGUAACCUUGACCAAGGCAUGUAAAACUAGAAGAUGUAAGGGGGAGACCGUAACCUUCACCAAGGGAUGGGCCACUAGAAGAUGUAAGGGGGAGACCGUAACCUUCACCAAGCGAUGUACCACUAGAAGAUGUAAGGGGGAGACCGUAACCUUCACCAAGGGAUGGGCCACUAGAAGAUGUAAGGGGGAGACCGUAACCUUCACCAAGGCAUGGACCACUAGAAGAUGUAAGGGGGAGACCGUAACCUUGACUAAGGCAUGUACCACUAGAAGAUGUAAGGGGGAGACCGUAACCUUCACCAAGCGAUGGACCACUAGAAGAUGUAAGGGGGAGACCGUAACCUUCACCAAGCGAUGGACCACUAGAAGAUGUAAGGUUAAAAACUUUCAGUUCACAAACACUUCUGCGUAAAGCUCAAGUAAGAUGUUAUGGUUCCAGGAGCAUGUGGUAUCGCAGUUUUCGGCUGCUCCCCAUUUCAACUCAGAUGUUUGUAAACAUUUUUACAGAAUAUAGUAGUGGCCGCCUUAAGGGCGAAGAUUGUGAAGUGUUUCCUACCAGAGACGAUAGAAAUAUAAAUGUCAAAAUGAUUGAUUGGUCUAAAAAUAACAUUUUUUAUAGUGUAUAAUGUGUUUUUCUUUGCAACAAUGGAAGCGGUGAUCAAGGUAACAAGGCAUCAGCAGCUCAACAUAACGCAAAACUGUCUUUAUGUAUAAAGGACUUGUUUGAUGACUACGUGAUUACUGGGCCGUGUAGGUCAGACAGGGGAAUAGAGAUAAGAGACUUAGGUGGAUCUAAUAACUUGACUACUUGGACGUGUAGGUCAGACAUGAGAAAAGAGAUAAGAGACUUAGGUGGAUCUAAUAACUUGACUACUUGGACAUGUAGGUCAGACAGGGGAAUAGAGAUAAGAGACUUAGGUGGAUCUAAUAACUGGACUACUGUUCAGAAAUUUGGCAAAUCAGUUCUGUAAAAAUUCAAAAUUCUAGAGACAAUGUAUUUACUUAAAUGCUCAAUUUGCUUUUAGCUAACAAUUGAGUAGAGACGGUAACUAAUGCACCUCUUAUAGUGUAUGUUUAACAAUAAAAUGUUAAUUAUUUGAAUGUCAGAUUACCAGAGCGUGCACACGAACUGUUUAUUUCUCAAACUUGCAACAAUGGAUUUCACCUAACGUCACUUUUUUUUUUGGGGGGGGGGGGGGGGGGUGCUGUCACGGUCCGAUCGCGUCAUGUUGUUGUGGGGCUGGUGUGGAGUCCUGUGAGUGAGCGAUGGUGUUUUUCCCCUUAAUUUUCCCCCUUCAUUCUUCCACUUUAUCCCACGACUUUUCUGACCCAUGCAUAACCGUGUGUUGUGUUGAAUGCAUAUUAAUGUGAGGAUAAACAAAUUGUUUUAUUUCAUUGGUGUGUGUAAUUAGUGAUGUCUGAGACAGUCACCAUUGCUGUUGAUGAAAGAAGGAUUCAGUACAUUUCGCUAGGAGUUGUGCAGCUAUAUUGUUUUGUUAUAGUAUGUCUAGGAUUUCUAGACACGUCUGUUUUAUUCUGAAAUCAAUGAUUAUUUUAUGGGUCUCUUCCACUGUCAUGCCAUAUGAAGCAAGUAAAUAUUAAGAACCUGAAUAUUUGACACAGCUUUUUCCCCCUUGAACAUACAACACAACAGCCCUGCACGGGGUUGGAGUAAAGGUGUUCACUACACAUGGUUGAACUUCCAUGUAAAUGUAUUUUCAAUUGUUGUUCCAUGCAUGCUGCAAAUGGAUGUCAACGCUUGCAUCAUCUGAAAGUCGAAAUUGACACCACACAUUAACGCAAGAAUUUGUGACGCACUCGAGAGAUCAGUAGACUAAUCCAGUGCCAGAGAAUACCCCAGCAAGUCCCUAACUGUCUCACGUAUCUGUAUUGCUAUGUUCUGUCCAAGUUCUUAUGUUCUCCUCAUAACUAAACUUGCCACAAGACGGAUAAUUCCAACCACGUCGAAUACGGCUUAAUUCUAAAACUCCACUCCCUUUCACCCCUUGACAGUUUUUGGUAGUUAUAAGGCUUUAAUAUAUUAGCAGGAAUAGGCUUUAGGCAUACUGUUUCUUAGUUGCUUUUUUUUUUUUUUAAAGCAAGGUUUUCAUAAUAACAAGAACCUCAAGUUCUUUGGUCGAUCUUUAAAUGAUGUCAUCAUUUGUUAAUUAAUUCUUUUUGAAAUAGAUUUCUUUUAAAUCAUAGAAUACGGAUCCGGCUCGGGGGCCACAGUUUGGGGACCCCUGGUGUAGAGUAUGGCGAUGUAAAGAAUCGGGGCACAUCAUUGAAAACGUAUGGUGGUCUUGUACAAUGGAUGAAUAUGUUUGUGUUGUGGGUCUGGUACAGUGAAUCGAUAUCUUUGUGUUGAAGGUCUGGUACAAUGGAUGGAUAUGUUUAUUUUGUGGGUCUGGUACACCAGAUGGGUAUGUUUGUGUUGUGAGUCUGUUACCAGAUGGGUAUGUUUGUGUUGUGGUCCUGGUACAGUUGAUGGAUAUGUCUCAGUUGAAUGAUAAUAACAUUGCUGUCUGUGGUUAAGGGUCUUGGUUAAUCAUUAUUUUUAAAUGUAUGUAUGCGUCCAUGCUCCAUUUAAUAAUUUAAAUAUUUUCUUAAAUUUGAUCUUAGAACCAUUUCAGUAUCGCUCUGUUGAUUGUACUCUUCACCUGUACGCCAGUCAAUGGCCAAGGUGAGUAGUCUGAAAUUGAAUGUAACUUUCUUAUUAAGCACAAGUAGCUUAAAACUUUUAUAUAUAAAAAAUACUCUUUAAAAUAAGUAAAUUUUUGAAUAAACUAAAUUCUUUAAUUAAUAAUACAACGUAAAAACUAAUUUGCGUGCCGAGCUAAAUGGCUCACUGGGAUAUAAUAAGCAGAGCUAUUAGCUCAUGAGGAUACGACAAACAGAGCUAAAUGGCUCAAUGGGAUAUUAUGUGCACAGCUAAAUUGUUCAUUAGUAUUUAAUGAGCAGAGCUGAAUGGCUCAUUAGGAUAUAAAGAGCAGAGCUAAAUGGCUCAUUAGGAAAUAAAGUGCAUAGAUAAAUGGCUCUUAAGGAUAUAAAGUUCAGAGAUAAAUGGCUCAUAAAAUGUAAAGAGCACAGCUAAAUGGCUCAUUAGGAUAUAAAGAGCAGAGCUAAAUGACUAAAGUUAAAUAUAAAUCAAAUGACAUUAGUCCUGUUUCAACCCUCAUAAAUAUCUAACCAGAAGUUAUAAAUUGAAUCCAUUAAAAUACGUCUCGCACUAUCUGGGGGGGGGGGACGACGAAAACUUGAUCCCACUAGUACCGUGAUCCCACUAUCCAAGUACUCACAGUAUUAUCGUGAUCCCAAUAUUGACUAAUCCCACUGUUUCCGUAGACGGGAUCCAUCUAUUACAAUGAUCCACCUUGAACGUGAUCCCACCUUGAACGUGAUCCCACUAACAGCAUGAUCCAACUAUUAACGUAAUAACACUAUUAACGUGAUCCAACUAUAAACGUUAACGCACAAUUAAAGUAAUACAACUAUUAACGUGAUCAGGCUAGUAAAGUGAUCCCACUAUUAACGUGCUCCAAAUAUUAACGUGAUCCACUAUUGACGUGAUCCCACUAUAAACGUGUUCCUACUAUUAACGUGAUCCCACCUUUAACGUCAUCCCACUAUAAACGUUAUCCCACUAUUCACGUGAUAACAGUAUAAACCUAAUACCAAUAUUAACGUAAUCCAUUAUUAAAGUGAUCCCUCUAUCAACGUGAUCCCAUUAUAAACGUAAUCCCCCCUUUUACGUGAUCCAGCAUUAACCGUAAUCCCACUAUUAACGUAGUCUCACUAGUAAAGUGAUCACACUAUAAACUCAAUACUACUAUUAACGUGAUCCCUCUAUAAACCCAAUUCAACUUUUGACGUGAUCCCACUGUUAAUGAGAUCUUACAAUUAACAUGAACCUUCUAUAAACGCAAUCUAAAUAUAAACAGGAUCCCAUUAUAAACGUAAUCCAAUAUAAAAGUGAUCCCACUAUAAACGUAAUCCCACUAUUAACGUGAUCCAAAUAACAUGAUCCCACUAUAAACUGAACCCCACUAUUAACGUAAUCCCACUCUAAACGUGAUCCAACUAUAAAAGUCAUCUCACUAUGAACGUGAUCCCAAAUUUAACGUAUCUCUACUUUAAACUUAAUCCAACUAAUAACAUGACCCCACUAAUAACAUGACCCCACUAUAAACUAUCCCAACUAUUACAAUGAUUCCACUAUUAACGUGAUCCCACUAUAAACCUAAUAACACUAUUAACGUAAUCCCCUAUUAACGUAAUACAAAUUUUAAGAUGGUCCCACUGUCAAAAUAAUCCCAUUAUAACCAAAAUCACCCUUUCACGUGAUCCGACUUUAACCAUAAUCCCACUAUUAACUUGAUCCCACUAUAGAAGUAAGCCCACUUUUAAUGUAGUCCCACUAUCAAAGUGAUCCCACUAUAAACGCAAUCCCACUAUUAACGUGAUCUCACUAUUAACAUGAUCCUUCUAUUAACGCAAUAUAAAUAUUAACGUGAUCCCAUUUUAAACGUGAUCCAAUAUUAACGUGAUCCCACUAUCAACGAGAUCCCACUAUAAACAUAAUCCCACUAUUAACGUAAUUCCACUUUAAACCUAAUCUCACUAAUAACGUGAUCCCACUACUAACGUGACUCCACGUUCAACGUAGUUCGACUUUAAACUUAAUCCCACUUAUAAUGUGAACCCACUAAAAACUAUCCCUUCUAUUAAAGGGAUUCCACUAUUAACGUGAUCCCCAUAUAAACGUAAUCCCACUAUUAAUUUCUUCUUCUUCUUCUUAUAUUUGAGGGGCCCACGAUCAAUUUGUUGAUCAUUCUGGCUCCUGGUUUUAAUUCAGAGUUUGCCUUCUCUUAGAUGGGUUGCCAUCCAAGGCUAGCGGGUCCCAUCCACCCGGGGUGCUUGGGAUGUUGGCUUUGAUUGGGAUUGAACUCCGGACCAACGGCUGUUUGGUUUGAGGCAGUUUAGACCACUCGGCUACCCACUAUAAACGCUAUCCUAUUCUUAACGUGUUCCCACUCUUAACAAACAGAAUAUAGGGACCGUUGUAGCAGGGUUCCACUACAGAUAUAAUUUUCUAAUCUUCAUACAUUAAACUCUGCUUUGGUAUUUUAUGUACUGGACAUAAGUUACUGUUGAAUGAAAACCAACAAUAUAAUGGCCCUACAUUAAUUUACUGAUGAAUUAACUCAAACCAAAUAAUUGCUUUACAUGAAUUUAACGCUAAAUUAAUUCAAACAAUAUAAUGGCUCCACAUGAAUUUACUGCUGAAUUAAAUCAAGCAAUAUAAAGGCUCUACAUUAAUUUAUUGCUUACUUAAAUCAAAUAAUUUAAUGGCUCUACAUAAGCCUUCUGCUAAUUUAAAUCAAACAAUAUAAUUUUAUGACAUGAAUUUACUGCUGAAUAGCAAUAAAAUGGCCACAUAACAGCUGCAGAGAUUAAGCUAUUUUUCUUAUGUGUCUACAAUAGAUUUGUUUCUAUAUAAAGAAUUUUUUUUUUAUUAAUCAAUCAUAUUAAUCAUAUGUUUUACAGAAGAUUCAAUGUGUCAAGGUGUUAGGAAUGGCAGAGUAGCGAUGCCAACAUCUUGUCACAAAUACUACCAGUGCAAAAACUUUAAGGGGACGGAAAUGCCCUGUCCUUCAGGUUUUCUUUUUGACCGAAUGGUAAAAAAUUAAGUAAAAGUUUCAACAUAUAUAAUAACACAUAUGCAUGGAUCUGACACAUUAAAAAAAAAAUCCAUGGGUCUUACACUUACAGCAGAUUAAGACAAAUUUUCCAAUCGAAAAUAUUUUUGUGUAAAUUUAUCAUGUACGUUGAAUUUUAAAUAAUAAUAAAAUAUUAACACUAUCCACAUAGACAAAAAUGGUGACUAGAGUUAUGGACCAUAGACAAACAUGUGACUAGAGUUAUGGACCAUAGACAAACAUGUGACUAGAGUUAUGCACCAUAGACAAACAUGUGACUAGAGUUAUGCACCAUAGACAAACAUGUGACUAGAGUUAUGCACCAUAGACAAACAUGUGACUAGAGUUAUGGACCAUAGACAAACAUGUGACUAGAGUUAUGGACCAUAGACAAACAUGUGACUAGAGUUAUGGACCAUAGACAAACAUGUGACUAGAGUUAUGGACCAUAGACAAACAUGUGACUAGAGUUAUGGACCAUAGACAAACAUGUGACUAGAGUUAUGGACCAUAGACAAACAUGUGACUAGAGUUAUGCACCAUAGACAAACAUGUGACUAGAGUUAUGCACCAUAGACAAACAUGUGACUAGAGUUAUGGACCAUAGACAAACAUGUGACUAGAGUUAUGGACCAUAGACAAACAUGUGACUAGAGUUAUGGACCAUAGACAAACAUGUGACUAGAGUUAUGCACCAUAGACAAACAUGUGACUAGAGUUAUGGACCAUAGACAAACAUGUGACUAGAGUUAUGCACCAUAGACAAACAUGUGACUAGAGUUAUGCACCAUAGACAAACAUGUGACUAGGGUUAUGCACCAUAGACAAACAUUAAGACUAGGGUUAUGCACCAUAGAAAAACAUGUGACUAGAGUUAUGCACCAUAGACAAACAUUAAGACUAGGUUUAUGCACCAUAGACAAACAUUAAGACUAGGGUUAUGCACCAUAGACAAACAUGUGACUAGAGUUAUGCACCAUAGACAAACAUUAAGACUAGGGUUAUGCACCAUAGACAAACAUUAAGACUAGGGUUAUGCACCAUAGACAAACAUGUGACUAGAGUUAUGCACCAUAGACAAACAUUAAGACUAGGGUUAUGCACCAUAGACAAACAUUAAGACUAGGGUUAUGCACCAUAGACAAACAUGUGACUAGAGUUAUGCACCAUAGACAAACAUUAAGACUAGGGUUAUGCACCAUAGACAAACAUGUGACUAGAGUUAUGCACCAUAGACAAACAUGUGACUAGGGUUAUGCACCAUAGACAAACAUUAAGACUAGGGUUAUGCACCAUAGACAAACAUGUGACUAGGGUUAUGCACCAUAGACAAACAUUAAGACUAGGGUUAUGCACCAUAGACAAACAUUAAGACUAGGGUUAUGCACCAUAGACAAACAUGUGACUAGGGUUAUGCACCAUAGACAAACAUUAAGACUAGGGUUAUGCACCAUAGACAAACAUGUGACUAGAGUUAUGCACCAUAGACAAACAUGUGACUAGGGUUAUGCACCAUAGACAAACAUGUGACUAGAGUUAUGCACCAUAGACAAACAUUAAGACUAGGGUUAUGCACCAUAGACAAACAUGGUGACUAGAGUUAUGCGCUAUUUAAAAAUGUACAUUAAACCAGUGGGUCUCAAACUCCAAUUAUCCGGGUACCGCAUAAGUUAGAGCCCGAGUGAGACUGGGCCGCAUCAAUUAUUCAACAAAUAAGCGAUGACAAAGUCAAUAAAGUACAACUGCUACAACCUGCGCAACCUUUAUUUAUAACAAAUAGAAACAUGAACUGUUCUCAAGAACGAGGCUUCACUUACUUCUACUCCUUGUUGCCAGAGACCUGUCAGCACUUUUUACACAGCUGAGUAACAUUUGGCUUGAGUGAGAAGCAACUGAGACCAUUAGAAUAGCUUUAAGUUGAUCAUCUGUAAGAUUAGCCCUAAACUUUGACUUGUAUAAGUUCAUAAUGGAAAAGGUUUCUUACACAAAUAGGUGCUACCAAAAAGGCACAUGAACCUGGAAAUCUCAGGAAAGGUUGAGUGCAAAGCUCUAAUACAAUGUUAUUGCUUGUCUGUUUUGUCAUUCACCUCCCUGAACUUGCACUGUAGUUCAUUCAACUGUAGUUGAAGUGCAAAAUGGUGGGGUGGGGGAGGGGGCAUCUUCCACAUUGAAGGAGAAAGGAUUAGCGAAAAUGUGAAAAGUGGCUCUGUGUUUUUAAGUGUGUUAAAAUGUUAUCGAAUUCUAUUUAUAGUUUUACAAUGGCGUCAAUGGACUUACUACAGAAUGGUUUGCCCGUGUCCACUAGUUUUUUGCAUAGUUGGCUAUGGUUCUCUGACAACAUUAGCACAAGUUUAUGCGCUGACAUGUUCACAGACAAUACUGACAAGCUACCACUGGUCUUGUAACUGCUUGUUGAGUACAUUCAGCUCCUGUAUAAUUUCAACAAGAAAAGACAAGUCCAUGAGCCAUUUGGGAUCACUUAUUAAAGGAACAACCACACCAUCCUUUGCCAUGAAGGCUCUUUAGGCUAAAACGUGUUCAAACAGAAGGCAGGUGCCGGGAAUAUUUAUGUAUGAUUGAUGCGAAGGAAGAUGCUAUUGUAAGGAUAAGAAAUUUUUGUCAUAUAAAAGGCCUUUUUGACUAUCCAUUUUUUGAAAGUGACCAAGCUGACAGGCUUGGAAUUUCCAUCACUAGUAAACAUUGGCGGACAUUAUGUGCAUUACCCACUGACAAUUUAAACGUUUCCCGAAACCGCAAUGUGGCUAUGUGUGUCUCAUAAAAAGCUAUACAAUAAACCUUUUAGUCCGAUUCUAAAAUGGUUUUACUUUUAUAAUAAUCGCACAAACCUAUACAAACAGACGACACGGCGGUGUAUAGGACGAUUGCCAACAGUUCUGACGAGGACCAGCUACCACAGGAUCUCAAUCGGUUAGCAGAGUGGGAGAUGAGCUGGGACAUGUAAUCUCUCUCCUUCAAGUGCCAGACCCUGUCAGUCUCCAGAAGCAGAUCCCCUCUACACAAAACUUACGAAUUGCAUGAUCAUAUUCUUGAGCAAGUUUCACCCUUUAAGCAUUUCUGUGUUACCAUUCACAGAGAGGUCCGCUGGGACGAGCACAUCAAUCUUUCGUGCAACCACGCAAACAAGUGUGAAAGAAAAAGCCGAUAAAGCCUUGUCCGGCCGCUUUUAGGGUACGCAGUUUCAGUCUCAGACCCAUUGACCCAGAAGAGCAUCGACAGGUUGGUGGGGGUCUAGCGACGAGUAGCACGUUUUGUCCUGAACCGCUACAGAAACGCCUCAAUUGUUGGCAGCAUGCUUGAAACACUAGGCUGGUCACCUUUGGAACAACCAUUACGACUAUCCAGGCUCUCCAUGAUGUACAAGAUAAAACAUGGGCUGGUCCACUAGAAACACCAGACUGCGACGAGGCCACGACAGGCAGUUCGGGCUAAUAAAAAUAAAUAACUCAGUAAAGGAGCUCCUUAUUCCUGCAAAAGACAAGGGACUGGGAACAGGCUUCCAAAAGCAAAAGUUGAGGCGACUACACUUGACAUAUUUUCAGCUAUUGCCUCUUGUCUUCCAAUCCAUAGUUCAUAAAACCACUGCUGAUCAGCCCUUCAUCAGUGAAGUAUCCCCUGAAAAUCAUGCACAGUUACAUCACGAACCCCUCUGGAACAUAGGAGCCAGAAUGAUCAAUUCACUUGAUCGUUGGCCCUCAAAAUAUAGAAUAAACAUAACAAAAAUCAAAAUGAGACUGUCGGUGAGAUUCAAAUGAUACUGUCGCAGAGGGUCACAUUAUAGAUAUGAGAAUGGGGAAAACGCGCGGGCCACAUUUACAUUAAACUGUGCUGUCGGGUAGUCGGCCGCAAAACAUUGUCUUGCGGGCCGGAAACGGCCCUCGGGCCUCGAGUUUGAGACCCUGCAUUAAAUGAUAAAAUGUUCAUAAAAUUUAAAAAACAAUUUCCGUACCGUUAUAACUGAAAUUUCUCUAUACAUUUAUAACUAACAUUUCACAUUUUGUUACGUAAUUAGUAUUAGAGGCCAUUGUGUUAUAAACUAAGUUAGUCCUAUAGAUAGCCUUGUUGAAUCAGCAAGAUACCCCUACAAAUGCACUGCAUGUAGCAUUAUUUCAGGCAACAGCAUCACUAAGAAUGUUAUCUGGAGGAAAAAUAAUUAUAGAUUAAAAUUGUAUUAAAUGCCAACAUAUCCGUGUAGCUACGUCAGCUUAAGACUUAAAUGUUACGACCAGAUGUAAUCCUUGAAGAUAAACUGUACUUCGGGCGCAGACAGAGGACUUUGUCGAGGAUUUUCAGCGGCUACUCCUCGAGAUCAUUGCAAAUAUUGCGGAGACAUUUCAUACCAUGUUUUUUCACUCUCAAUUUUUAAAAAAUCUAUUCUUAGACUGUAAACUUAGUUUCAGCGCUGUUUUUGACACCUGUAUCGGGAAAGUUUGUAACCCAUCACCUGUAUCGGGAAAGUUUGUAACCCAUCACCUGUAUCGGGAAAGUUUGUAACCCAUCACCUGUAUUUAGACAGUUUGUAGUCAACACCUGUAUCUGGACAGUUGUUGCUAAAGACUAUUUCAUCACGAACAAUUUGUUAAAGCGCUGACAAGAUGAUGUAAAUGCCAAAUCCCUUUUAUCUUAAUUUGGAACAGGAAAUAUAAAACACCAAUAUUCUGUGGAAUACACAGUAAAACUGGGACUCUAUAAUCGGGUUUAUAAAGUUAACAGAAGAAGCCAUACAACGGUCUUUCAAGACUGAUUUAAUUAAAAGCUAAAAAAAUAAAAAAAAUGUUCUCUAUUAUCUUACAACCUUAAAGACGUCGUCUUUUUAGCUUUUAUCUUAACAAACUUUUCCCAAAAUUUGUUGCCCUAACCAUCCUUAACUGAGCACAUAACUAGUUCACCAUAACAUCUCUAAAUGAGCGUAUAAGUAGUUCACCUAACCUUCCCAAACUGGGCACAAAACUAGUUCACCUUAGCAUCCCUAGCUGAGCACAUAACUAGUUCACCUUACCAUCCCUAACUGAGCACAUAACUAGUUCACCUUACCAUCCCUAACUGAGCACACAACUAGUUCACCUUACCAUCCCUAACUGAGCACAUAACUAGUUCACCUUACCAUCCCUAACUGGGCACAAAACUAGUUCACCUUAGCAUCCCUAGCUGAGCACAUAACUAGUUCACCUUACCAUCCCUAACUGAGCACAUAACUAGUUCACCUUACCAUCCCUAACUGAGCACAUAACUAGUUCACCUUACCAUCCCUAACUGAGCACAUAACUAGUUCACCUGAGCAACCCAAACUGAGAACAUAACAAGCCCACUGUCAAACCGUUGAAUCUGUUGUGUUGUAAUUAUCCACUCAUGGCAAUGAGUGUCUACUUGUCUGGCCAAGUCUCUCACUUGAUCCCACGAACGGUAUAGCUAAUAUCAACAGUUAACAAUAAAACCAUCAACCAACGUUAACAGGUCUGUUGCUAGAUAGGAGUUUAUUUAACACUACUCCAUUAACUAGGGUUGAAGUAUAAUUUCAGAAUUGAUCAUCAAAGCACUCCAACCAAACACGACUCAAUAGACAAACCCAAACAGUUCAUCCAGUAUAUCCGCCAUCAAUCCUCCCAUAACAACAACGAAAACGAACGCGUCAUUUCCCCUUACACAAUUACGUCACAACACUCUCACAUUAACGAUACAGCUACACAUAAAAUCUCUAACUAAACAUUUUUUUCUAUAUCAAACGUGAAAACAAUGAUCAACACAUAACAACAGUGAUUCCCAUACCCUUGACAUCGACCUUACCAUCAAUAACUGAGCAAAUAACUUGAUCACCUUAUCAUGCCUUACGGAACACACUAUAUUUUUUAUUAUGUCUUACACCCGCCCGACAUUUUGGUGCUAAAAAGCCAAAAGAAAAAAAAAACCACUCCAUUCUGGGGUCGCUCAAAUAACUCAAAUUCCAUUUCAUCGUUUCUCAAUACACCAGGGUUUCUCUUAAUACACCAGGAUGACUCUUAAUACGUGAAGAUGUCUCUUAAUACACCAUGAUUCUUUUAAUACACGAAGAUGUCUCUUAAUACAUUAGCAAGUCUUUUAUACCUGGGAGUUAAUUUUUUAUAACAAAGCUUACUAAAAUGACAAAAAAUUACAGUAAUGCCAAUGUUACGCACUGUCUCCUCUUGUGAGAAAUUAAUCUCUUGUUUUAAUUUAUGGCUCGUUCAAACAGUGCCUAACAAAGGACGAUACCAUAGAGAAAUACCAUAACAAAAUUACGACACCCAAAACAGUUGCCAAGUACAAUUAAUAAGAUUUAAUUUAGUAAUAAUACAAUUACAAAACAAAAGAAAAAUAAUUACAAAUCAUCAACUUACAGAGUAUGGGAAAAAUCUUGUACCGGUACACAAUUAUUACAAUGUGCCAAUUAAUAAUGAUGAAUGAUGAAUGCGAAUAAACACAUAUAAGAACACAAAGAAUAAUUCAUGUCUCGUGAAGUUAAAAAUAUCUAUCAAUCUCCGUCUCUCUCUGUGCCUGUCAAUCCCUUAUAUAUGUGGGUCUACCGACGCGUCUACAAACGCCUUUACUUUUCUAAUACAAUCGAGAACGUUCCCUAAGAUACUAGUAGACCUACUAAUCAUGUUUAAUUGGAAGUCGGUAGUAAACACGAUACAUCAAAGACUAAGCAACGCCCACAACAAACGCUACCGUCUGCUAGGAAUCUAAUGUGGGGUGAAACAAAGUUCAAGCACGGGAAAAAAAGUUUACGACAUAACAACAACAUAGAUGUAUAGAAAUAAGUGUAAAUAAUAACAGUAAAAGUUGUUCAAUUUAAAAGAAGCUUUCUGCGUAACAUGUCACCUCAUCCUUGUAAGCGUACACACAAAGGGGUGGAUGGACAAAUACCCGGGGGGGGGGGUAGACACAGAAUAAAGUGAUAAAAAAACACGGGGAGGGAUUUAUAAACACAUUGACGAAUGGACAAUCACAAUGGUCGAUUGACAAACACAGGAGUGGAUGCACAAACACAGGGGUGGAUGGAAAACAAACUGGGAUGGCUGGACAAACACAGAGAUGGAUGGACACACACUGGGAUGGAAGGAAAAAGUCAAGGAUUGAUGGACAAAUAAAGGGAUAGAUAGAAAACACAGAGAUUGGUGUACAAACACAUUGAUGGAUGGACAAACACAAGGAUGGAUGGACAAACACAAGGAUGGAUGGACAAACACAUGGAUUUAUGGAAAAAUAAAAGGAUUGAUGGACAAAUAAAUGGAUGGACGGACAAACACACAGAUAAAUGGACAGAGAGAUGGAUGGAAAAAUACUUGGAUUGAUGUGCAAACACAAGGAUGGGUGAACACACAGAGAUUACAAACACAGGAAUGGAUGAUCAAACACAGAGAUUGAAGGACAAAUAAAGCGAUGGAUGCUAUUACGUACUGUUAUCAGUGUUGGAUAAAUUAAUCUCUUAUUUAAUUAAAUGCCUCGUUCUAAAACAGUACACAACAAAUAACGAUACCAUCAAUUCAGCACAAUAAAAAAUAAUACGACACUCAAAGCAGGGCUAAUUACAAAUAAUAAUUUUUAUUAAGAAAUAAAAAUAAAUUACAAAAUAUAAAUAAAUAUUAUUAAAGCUAUUGACGUACAGCGUACUGUUUUUAUAGUACCGGUACAAAGUUGAGGACAAUAAAAUGUUCAAAAAGGUACAACGAUGAAUAUGAAUCCAAACAUAUUCAAUAAAAACAGCUCCAUCAAGAAUAAUACACUCUCAAAAUAACUCUCGUCUGUCGUCCCAUAAAGUAAAAAUAUCUCGUGAUAAUGCUCGUUCAAAAAUCGAUGGUGUCCCUUUUUAUAGUCUGUUUUACUGAUGUCUCUAGAACCGCCUUAAGCACUGUGUUCCUUUCCAGUUUCCUCCAGAUUCUUCUACCGAAUUCUAAUAGAUAAAGACUAUUAAAUUUAUAUAGGUGUAACACACAUAUGCUCUGACAUCAUUAUCAUUGUAACUUAUUUCUCAUGCUGUGGGUUAUGUCAGUAGCAUGGUUACUUGUUUUAAGUUAGCAAUUCAGGAUGCCGGCUAAGACUUCAUCGUUCUUCCUCUUGUUAUCCAGGCACGCAAAUAAGAAUACUGAAUCCUGGUUAAACUUACAGUACUUUAUUGAAUCACAGUUUACACAAAUAAUAAUAAUAAUCCUUGCAUGAAUGUAAUCAUUUCACAUAUAUCUAUAUAAUAUUCCAUCACUCAGAAAGACACGUCCUCACACUGCCAUAACUCAGUUCAACUCUACUACAUCUCAACUCUAACUCAACUCCGACUAACUCUGACUCUUCUUCUUUCAAUCAACUCAACUGCACCUUUUAUCACCAGCAAAGCGUGAAAACGACCGCUUUGACAAAAACACAAUUUACUCUCCGAAAACGUGGAGCUCACAUUUGAAUCUCAAAAAUACAAUACACUGUCCUCGUGGAAAAACAUGGUCAACACUAUUCACUGUUCACUCAUGCUACCUCUCUGUUUUCAUGUGAAAACAUAGUCCGUUACAAUAGGUCAAGACACUUUUUAGCUAGCCACACCCCACACCUUAAUUGCGGUUUUUAGCUUGCUUGGUCUGCUAGAGUUCACAGCACUGGGAAAAAUGACGUAAACAAGUCGUCUACAAAACAAUGGAAAAACACAGGGAGUGUUGAGAAAACACAAGGAUGUGUAUGCUUCCUUAAGGGCAAACUGAACAUGCUCAGACUUUGCGUGCCUAAUUUCUUGCUCAUACUCAUACAUGUUCUUUGCUUUCGGAAACUUUUUUUUUUUAAUUUAACUACCACUUCUUCUCCCACGCUUUUCAGCUAUACGCCUAAGAAGCUUGGGUUUCCGAAUAGUGGGGAAACACAAGGAUGGAUGGAAAAUCACAAAGAGGCAUGUACAAGCACAAGGAUUAAUGGACACACAGUGAUGGGUGGACAAAUAUAAGGAUGGAUGGACAACACAAGUUUGGAUGGACAAACACAGAGCUGGACUGAUAAAUGAAGGGAUGGAUUGACAAAUAAUGGGAUGUAUGGUCAAACACAUGAAGGAUGUACAAACACAGUGAUGGAUGUACAAACACAGAGAUGGAUGUACAAUCACAGAUAUGAAUGUACAAACACAGGGAUGGAUGUACAAACACAGGGAUGGAUGUACAAACACAGGGAUGAAUGUACAAACACAGAGAUGGAUGUACAAACACAGGGAUGGAUGUACAAACACAGGGAUGGAUCUACAAACACAGAGAUGGAUGUACAAACACAGGGAUGGAUGUACAAACACAGGGAUGGAUGUAAAAAAACAUAGAUGGAUGAUGUACAAACACAGGGAUGGAUGUACAAACACAGGGAUGAAUGUACAAACACAGAGAUGGAUGUACAAACACAGGGAUGGAUGUACAAACACAGGGAUGGAUGUAUAAACACAGAGAUGGAUAUACAAACACAGGGAUGGAUGUACAAACACAGGGAUGGAUGUAAAAAAACAUAGAUGGAUGAUGUACAAACACAGAGAUGGAUAUAGAAACACAGGGAUGGAUAUACAAACACAGGGAUGGAUAUACAAACACAGAUAUGGAUAUAAAAACACAGAGAUGGAUGAUGUACAGCACAGGGAUGGAUAUACAAACACAGAGAUGGAUUAUGUAUAAACACAGAGAUGGAUAUAGAAACACAGGGAUGGAUUUACAAACACAGAGAUGGAUAUACAAACACAGGGAUGAUAUACAAACACAGAGAUGGAUAUACACACAAAGGGAUGAGUGGAUACUCUGACAAAAAACGGCCGAAAUUUCACUCAACAAACUUAAAGUUUUCCCAACAUCCAUUCGUUGGAGCGUACGCCAAACUUUGGGGCAUAUUUCAAAUAUUGGUGCAUACGCCAGAUAUUAGGGCAUACGUCAUAUAUUUGGGCAUACUUGAGAUUUUUCGGCAUAGGUCACAUAUUUGGACAUACUUCAGAUUUUGGGGCAUUCGCCAGAUAUUAGAGCAUGCGUCCGAUAUUGGGACAUACGUUAGAUAUUGGGGCUUACGUCAUAUAUUAGGGAAGCGGUUCACAACCUGUGGGUCGCGACCACUUUGGAGGUCACAUGACCCUUUCCUAGGGGGGUCACCUAAGAACAUCUGAAAACACUUUUACUAACAGCUACGACGUAGCAACGAAAGUAAUUGUGCGGCUGGGGGUCGCCUCGACAAGAGAAACUGUCUUAAAGGGUCGCGGCAUUAGGCUGAGAACCACUGUGUUAGGGCAUACGUCAGAUAUUAGGGCAUACGUCAUAUAUUGGGGCAUAAUCCAGACUUUUGGGCACAGGUCAGAUAUUUGGGCAUACUUCAGAUAUUGAGGCAUAUUACAGAUAUUAAGGGCAUACGUCCGAUAUUGGGACAUAUGCCAGAUAUUGGGAUAAACGGCAGAUAUUGGGGCAUUCGUCAGAUAUCUAGGCUUAAGUCAAAUAAUUGGGAAUACGUCAGAUAUUGGGCAUACGCCAAAUAAUUGGGCAUAUGUCAUAUAUUGGGGCAUACGCCACAUAAUUGGGCAUAUGACAGAUAUUGGGACAUACGCCAAAUAAUGGGGCAUACGUCAGAUAAUGAGGCAUACGUCAAAUAAUAGGGCAUAAGUCAGAUAUUGGGGCAUACGCCAAAUAAUUGGGCAUAUGUCAGAUAUUGGGGCAUACGUCAGAUAAUGGGGCAUACGUCAGAUUUUGAUUGACACGCUAUAUAUUAAGAAACACUACGCUAAUCUGUAUGUAUUUUCUUCUCUUUAGCGCAGAUCUUGUCAACGAAAGGAAUACGUUACAUGUAACAUUAUUACAACUACGCCCACAACUUUGCCGAGAGCUCAUGCAAGUACGUCUCUUAAUUUUUUUACAGUUACUAUUUUAAAUGUUAUUUUUAUAUUCAGGAUUUUUCUGUGCGUACAAUUGAUUUGGAAAUAAGAUGGGCAAUAAAACACAGUCAAUUAAGAUGUUCAAUCAAAGAGUGUCAACAAGAAGCUCAAUACAAGACUUUUAUAUAAGAUGCUAUAAUAAAAUAAUUACAAAACACAGUCAAUUAAGAUGUUCAAUCAAAGAGUGUCAACAAGAAGCUCAAUACAAGACUUUUAUAUAAGAUGGUAUAAUAAAAUAAUUACAAAACACAGUCAAUUAAGAUGUUCAACCAAAGAGUGUCAACAAGAAGCUCAAUACAAGACUUUUAUAUAAGAUGCUAUAAUAAAAUAAUUACAAAACACAGUCAAUUAAGAUGUUCAAUCAAAGAGUGUCAACAAGAAGCUCAAUACAAGACUUUUAUAUAAGAUGCUAUAAUAAAAUAAUUACAAAACACAGUCAAUUAAGAUGUUCAAUCAAAGGGUGUCAACGAGAAGCUCAAUACAAGACUUUUAUAUAAGAUGCUAUAAUAAAAUAAUCACAAAACACAGUCAAUUAAGAUGUUCAAUCAAAGGGUGUCAACGAGAAGCUCAAUACAAGACGUUUAUAUAAGAUGCUAUCAUAAAAUAAUAAGAGAACACGGUCAAUUAAGAUGUUCCAUAAAACACAGUAACAGAAGUUACAUAAAUCUUAGACCAAUAAGAUGUUCCAUAAACACUGUCAAUUAAGAUAUUCUAUAAACCAAAGUCAAACAAAUUGUUCCACAGAACCCAGUGAAAGAAAAAAAAUUGACAAAGACUACAGUCAAAUAAAAUUUUCCAUAAAACACAGUCAAAUAAAAUGUUCCAUAAUACAAAAUGAAAAAAACCAAACAUGUUCUAUUACACACAGUCACAUGAGAUGUUCCAUAUAUCUCCUUCAAACAAAAUGUUUCAUAAAACAGAGUCAAAUAAGGUGUCACACAAAUACUGCCAAAAAGAUAUUUCAUAAAGCAAGGUCAAUAUGUUGUACAAUAGAACACAUUUAAAUAAGGUUUACAUAGAACAUAGCAAAAUAAGAUGUGCAAUUUAACACUGUCAAGAAAAAAAAACAUGUUUCAUAAAACAAAGUAAAAAACAUAUUCCUAAAAAAUUCAAACAAGUUGUUCCAUUAAAAACAGUUAAAAUAUGUUCAGUUAAACACUGUCAAAUAAGAUGUUCCAGAAAAAAAAACACACAAUCAAAUAAGAUUUUACAUGAAAAAUAUAUAUAUAUGUUCCUUAAAACACAAUCAAAUAAGAUUUUCCAUAAACACAAUCAAAUAAGAUUGCACCAAAAAGCACACUCAGAUUCUAUAUUUUUUGAAAAUAUGUCAAAUAAGAUGUUCCAUAAAAUACAUUUAAAUAAGAUUUCCAUAUAGUCAAAUAAUAGAUGUCCAUUUAACACUGUCAAAAAAGAUAUUCCAUUAAACACAUUGCAAUAAUGGUACGUGACGUUUUGGCGCCGCCACUUUGGCGCAUGUCAUUUUGGCGCACAGAUGGCCUAAGCCAUUAUUUACCGUUUUUGCCUAAUCAUGCGUGCGCUUCACAUUUAUAAAAGUGCAAGAGUCUUCUAGACUAAAAUCAUUAGUUAAGUAGAGUUUCAAAAAUAUAUCACAUAUUACAAUUCUGUUAAACCGGUGAAAUGGAAAAUGCUACAUCGAAGCGUGGUCAAGAAAAGUUGCAUCACGAAGGAUACUAUUAUGUGUUCGGGGUAAUAAGGGGAGAGACUGCAAUCAGGUUAGUACAAAAUAAAAUGAGUAAAACAGAGUAAGGUUAAACCUGAAAAAAUAAACGCAACAAAACAGCGAACGUGUCGGCAGAAAGCCUCCGUCAGCGAACAAAACAACAGAAAAAAACGGUAUAAAAAAAUAAAAAUAACAAAUAGCACUUAGCUGGUAAGUAGCAUCUGUGGGCAGCAAUAGAGGUGUGCGUUUAUUUUUUCAGGUUUAAACCUACUCUGUUUUACUCAUUUUAUUUAGUUAUGUGUUCGAUAAGUUUAGUGCAGACCAUUCCAAGAAGUUCUGGCGAUAUAUAUUUUGCAUUCUCUUUAUUAAAAGUUUAUAAACGUUAAGUUAAAUAAAAGUUAUUUUUAAAUGGCGCCAAAAUGUCCUGCACCAAAAUGUCCUGCGCCAAAAUGUCCUGUGCCAAAACGGCGGCGCCAAAAAGUCCUGCUGUGGUCAAAUAAGGUGUUCUGUAAAACAGAGUAAAAUAAGAUGAUUCAUAAUAUCCAGUCAUAAAACAAAUAAAACAGAAUCAAUUUAGGUGUUCCACGAAACCCAUUUAAACUGAAUGUUUAGUAAAACAAAAUAAAUAAGAUUGUCAAAAAUAUUUUCAAAUAGGAUUUUCCACAAAAGACUGUGUAACAGGAAUACAGUCAAAUAAGAGAUUCCAGAAACCAAGGUCAAAUAAUAUAUUCCUACAACUCAGGACAAAUACAAUUUUACAUAGAAUACAGUCCAACUAAAUAUUCUAUAAAACAUAAUCAAAUAAAAUUUAAAAAAAAAAAAAAAAAAAAAAAAAAAAAAAAAAAAAAAAAAAAAAAAAAAAAAAAAAAAAAAAAAAAAAAAAAAAAAAAAAAAAAAAAAAAAAAAAAAAAAAAAAAAAAAAAAAAAAAAAAAAAAAAAAAAAUUUAAAAAAAAAAAAAACAAAAAAAAAAAAAAAAAAAAAAAAAAAAAAAAAAAAAAAAAAAAAAAAAAAAAAAAAAAAAGAAAAAGACAGUAAAAUAAGAUGUUCCAUAAAAAGUCAAAUAGAACACAGUAAAAAAAGAUGUUCCACAAAAGAAAGUAAAAAAAAAAGUUCCAUUAAACACAGCCAAAUACAAUAUAAUAUAAAAUCAGUCUAAUAGUAAAACGGUCACAAAAGAUAUUCUAUAAACCAAGUUCAAAAAGAUGUUCCAUAAAACACAGUCAAAAGAGAUUUCCAUAAACACAGUCAAAUAAGAUGUGUGAUUUAACACUGUCGAAUAAGUUAUUUAAAAAAACAUAGACAAAUAAGAUUUUUCAUAAAACACAAUCACAUUAGAUGUUCCAUUAAACACUGUCAAAUAAGAUGUUCUAUAAAACACAGUGAAAAAAAAAUAUGUUUCAUAAAAUUCACUCAAUUAAGAUGUUCCAUAAAACACACAAAAACCCCACACAUUUCAAUACAACACACUUAAAUAAGAUGUUACAUAAAACACAGUUGAAAUAAGAUUUUCAAUAAAACACAAUCACAUAAGAUGUUCCAUGAAAUAAAUUAAAAUAUAUAUUUGUUAAAACACAGUCAAAUAAGAUAUUCCAUACAUUAAGUUCAAAAAGAUGUUUCGAACAAAAAUUAAAAUAGCUGAUUAAAUAAAACAGAAUCACAUAAGAGAAUCCAUUGAACACAGACAAAAAUAAGGUGUUAUAUAAACACUGUCAAAUCCACGGAAAUCUGUCAAAUAAUAUGUUUAAUAAACCAAGGUCAAGUAAGGUGUUACAUAGAACACAGUCAAAUAAGAAGUUCUAUUAAACAAAGUCAAAUUAGACUGUAAACAAAACAAAUUCAAAUAAGUCAAAUAAGAUGUUCCAUAAAACACUGUCUAAUAGGAACACAGCCAAAUAAGAUGUUCCAUAAAACAUUGUCCUUUAUAGAACAUCUUAUACUUCAAAUAAGGUAUUCCAUAAAUCACGGUCAAAUAAGAUUAGGUGUUACACAAAAAAGCCAAAUCAAAUGUUAAAUAAAACACAGUCAUUUAGAAUGCGUCAAAACACAUUCAAAUUUGAGGUUGAGUACAACACUGCGAAUUAGGAUGUUCUAUAAAAGACUAUCCAAUAAGUAUUUCUAUCAACCAAUGUCAAAUAAGAUGUAUAAAAACAUUGUAAAAUAAGAUUUCCAUAGAACAGGGUAAAAAAGUUGUGCCAUUUAACACUUUCAAAUAAGAUAUUCCAUAUAACACUUUCAAAUUAUAUGUUCCAUAAACACAGUCCAACCUAUGGAAAUCUAUACAGCCAAAUAAGAUAUUCUAUAAACAGUCAAAUAAGUUCUUCCAUAAAACCCUGCCAAAUAAGAUGUUCCAUAAAACAUGUUACAUGGCUAAUAGUUCAGCUUGUCUCAUGUGCUUGGGGGCACCCGUAAAUACAUGUUUUCAAGGCAGGUCUCUGGGACACUGUCUCAUCUGUCUGAUCACAAGAUCGGCAGUUUUAUUCACUCCUGUCGUCCAAUCUAUGGAGGUAGCUGCGCGUCGCGCAAUUGCCUGUUCUCACCUAGGUGAUGAGGCACUGGUAGCCUCGCUUUAGUUUCCCGCAGGGGUCGCUCUCGCUUGGUCACGGCAUCUUCGGUAGACCUUUCGUCCAGUCUCUUCUGCGGCCCAAUCGCUUUGCCACUUUUUACAAAAGAGGUCUUACAACUAAGCUGUGACUACCAGCUGAGUCAUGGGUUUGUCAGAAAGGGCCGCGCCUUCUUUGACCAUGAAGUCCGGCCUGUCGUGCUGUGUGACCUCAACGUGCCCAGUGAUAAACUGCAGGAUUACUUUGCCGCCUUUAGCAUGGAUGUUACCUAAUGUCUCCAGAAUGGCGUUUACUAGCGUGGUCUCCGUAGAGACCAUCCCCACAUGAUCGAGAGACGAGAGUGAGUCGCCAAAGACCACGAUGUUCGGAAUGCGCUUUUCCUCUUUGCUAUACGUUGGUGAAAUCUCUAUAGAGCGAACAGCAUUGCCUCGAAUUCCGCAUAGAGGCUGGUUCUGUUUUUCCCACUGGGUCUAAAUAUUUCAUUCGGAGGAGCUAUCUCUUUGGGAUACUGAAUUAGACCACCAUAGUCACUGCGUUCUUCAUUAGCGAAGCAUAAGUCUUCUGUGAAGACUUUUUCCAGGCUGUCCAAAAUGUUCCAUACAGCACAGUCAAAUUAGAUGUUCCAUACAACACAGGCAAUAAGAUUUUCCAUAAAACACUGUCAAUGUGGUAUGUUUAGGAAAGCUUCCCAAUACAUGUUCAAAUAUAUUCUUAACAAGCCCGUGGUCUCAAACCUUCUAAUAAUAUUUGUAAUCUUAAGUAGUUUUGUAUAUUUUACAAUCUGAGCCGAGUCUUGCAGGAACGAGUGGGAAAGUAACCAUGUAAUUUUUUCUUCUAAGAAAUAAAGAUCCUUUUUAAUUAUUUCAAAGUAAAAAAAAAGUUGAAAUGGGAUGGUUUCCCACACGUUUCAUCCAGGACUUGGCCCCCUACUUGCUAUCAAAAAUUAAACCCCCAAAAGACAGACUUCCUAAAAUUAAUUGAACAAUGAACGCUUGCAUGAAAAGCCCACCACUGUUCCCUUAUACAACAUCACCACAAAACAUUCACUAACCCACCCACUCACUCAUCAAACUGUCCAUCCAUUCUCCCUUCUAAUCUAUCUAUCUAUCUAUCUAUCCAUCCAUCCAUCCAUCCAUCCAUCCAUCCAUCCAUCCAUCCAUCCAUCCAUCCAUCCAUCCAUCCAUCCAUCCAUCCAUCCAUCCAUCCAUCCAUCCAUCCAUCCCAUCCAUCCAUCCAUCCAUCCAUCCAUCAUCCAUCCAUCCAUCCAUCCAUCCAACCAUCCAUCCAUCCAUCCAUCCAUCCAUCCAUCCAUCCAUCCAUCCAUCCAUCCAUCCAUCCAUCCAUCUAAUCUAUCUAAUCUAUCUAUCCAUCUGUCUGUCUGUCCGUCUGUCUGUCCGUCUGUCUGUCUGUCCGUCUGUCCGACAGUCUGUCUGUCCGUCUGUCUGUCUGUCCGUCUGUCUGUCUGUCCGUCUGUCCGACUGUCUGUCUGUCCGUCUGUCUGUCUGUCCAUCUGUCCAUCUGUCCGGCAGUCCGUCCGCCCGUCCGCAGGCCCGUCCGUCCGCCCGCCCGCCCGCCCGCUUGCCUGCCUGCCUGUCUGCCUGCCUACCUACCUAUCUAUCUGUCUAUCUGUCUAUACCUACCUACCUACCUACCUACCUACCUACCUAUCUAUCUGUCUAUCUGUCUGUCUGUCUGUCUAUCUGUCUAUCUGUCUACCUGUGUAGCUGUCUACCGGUCUACCGUUCUACCGGCCUAUCCGUCUACCCAUCCACCCGUCUACCCAUCCACCCGUCUACCCGUCUAUCCGUCUAUCCGUCUGUCCGUCUAUCUUUCUUUCUUUCCUUCUUUCCUUCUUUCUUUCUUUCUUUCUUUCUUUCUUUCUUUCUUUCUUUCUUUCUUUCUUUCUUUCUUUCUUUCUUUCUUUCUUUCUUUCUUUCUUUCUUUCUUUCUUUCGUUCUUUCUACCUACCUUAAAAGCUAGCUAGUUAGCUACAUUAUUUACGUGUAUUAUAAUUCUCUGGCUGACUUCUUCGUUGUAUCCUUCCUAUUAAAACCAUUUAUUCCCGAAACGUUAGAUAUUUGAUAUUUUUUUCUCAGAACCAACCCCACUCCCCCCACCCCCAGGUAAUUUUUGUAUUCUUAUCUUUAAAAAAAACAACUUUUAUCCAUAUUUAAAGGGUGCCAAGCGGACGCCGACUUCCGGAAUGCACAUUUCCAAUCGCCUAUGCUGUUCAAUGACAAACCCUACUACCUCUCCAAAAAACCUUUCAACGACGACACAACGUCCGCAGCGAAUUGUAAAAAAUUAUGCUCCAGACUGGCUGUAGUGGAUGGUCUCGAGGAAGAGAAUUUCGUUCGGAGAUUGAUCGACACCAAAGGAGUUUUAUGUAUUCUGAUAGAGGGCAAUGACAAGGAAAAACUAUGGGAAUGGGUCAGCGCUGUAACACUAGAACCUUUGAACUACAUCCGCUGGGCUGGUGGUCAACCGAACGGCGGCGACCAACGCUGUUUGUUCUACGAGAGGGGUUUCAAUGGAAUGCUGGACAUGCCCUGCACAAGAACAAAAUGGGAUUGCCAUUACCUGUGUGAACGUUAGUGACAUCAAUGAAACGACGUAAUAAAUGCUUUAAAAAGAAAAUCAAGAUACAAGUCUUUUUCGUGUUUAUUCAUAUUUUCAACGAAACAUUUAUUGCAAAUCUCAAAAACUUAGGGAUUUAUAUGGAACUAUUAUAUGUGUUAGGGGGAG